GACCGGCGGCCAUAUUGAGUGUAGCGGCGGCCGGCGAGAGAGACCACCAGCCCUUGUGUCAUUAUGAGCCACUAGUGUACUUAACUAGGAACCUUCCAGAACAACGAGAGCACUACUUCAUCAUGGGAGAGGAUAGAGAAAAGGAAAAGAAUGAAAAAGACCGGGAUGAGAAAAAAGAAAAAGAUCGAGAAAAAGAUGGCAAAGACCGUGAUAAGGACAAAGAUCGUGACAAAGAUAAGGACAGGGAGCGCAAGAAGCGUAGCCGGUCUCGAUCUCGUGAGCGUCGUAAGCACAAAACUAGAUCCAGAUCUCGAGGACGGACAAGAUCUAGAUCACGCUCCAGAGAAGCCAGGAGGAAGGCACGCCGUAAGAAGCCUUCACUGUAUUGGGACAAACCUCCACCAGGUUUUGAACACAUUACACCAAUACAGUACAAAGCAAUGCAAGCUGCUGGGCAGAUCCCAUCCAAUGUGACAGUGCCUCUGAUAGCACCUCCAAGUGCAGGACAGGUACCACCACUAGCAGCAGUUGUUCCCUCAGUUCCAGAGGUUACUAAUGUGCCCCAGCCAGUGCCAGUUGUUGGUUCCACCAUUACAAGACAAGCUCGUCGUCUCUACGUAGGCAACAUUCCGUUUGGUGUGACAGAAGAAGAGAUGAUGGAAUUUUUCAAUCAGCAAAUGCAUCUUGCUGGUCUUGCCCAAGCUGCUGGAAAUCCAGUUCUGGCUUGUCAGGUGAACCUAGACAAGAACUUUGCAUUCUUGGAGUUCAGAUCUAUUGAUGAAACAACUCAAGCAAUUGCUUUUGAUGGUAUUAAUUUUAAAGGCCAAAGUUUAAAAAUCAGACGACCUCAUGAUUAUCAACCAAUGCCAGGCAUGUCAGAGCAUCCCACGCUAACUACCAUGCCAGGUACAACACAGAUUCCAGUUAUUGCAGGUGUGGUUUCAACUGUGGUGCCUGAUUCCCCUCACAAGAUCUUUAUUGGGGGUCUCCCUAACUACCUUAAUGAAGAUCAGGUUAAGGAGCUGCUUAUGUCAUUUGGUCAACUUCGAGCAUUCAACCUGGUGAAGGAUUCUGCUACUGGACUCUCAAAAGGCUAUGCUUUCUGCGAGUACGUUGACGUCAGUCUGACAGAUCAGGCUAUUCAUGGAUUGAAUGGAAUGCAGCUAGGUGAUAAGAAGCUUGUGGUCCAGCGAGCAAGUGUGGGAGCCAAGAAUGCUAAUGCCAUGGCUCAGGCCCCAGUGCAGAUACAGGUUCCUGGCUUACAGCUACAGAGUGGAUCAGGGCCUGCCACUGAGGUGUUGUGUCUCAUGAACAUGGUAAUGCCGGAUGAGUUGAAGGAUGACGAGGAGUACGAAGAUAUCCUUGAGGACAUCCGUGAAGAAUGCAGCCGAUAUGGAAUAGUGCGCUCAGUUGAAAUUCCACGGCCAGUUGAAGGGGUAGAAGUCCCAGGGGUGGGCAAAGUUUUUGUAGAAUUCAAUUCUGUAUUAGACUGCCAGAAAGCUCAGCAAAACCUCACUGGACGCAAGUUUGCUAACAGGGUGGUUGUUACAUCAUACUUUGAUCCUGAUAGAUAUCAUCGACGUGACUUUUAGAUGAGAAAAUAGGUUUCCUAUUUCCAGUUACUGCUUAUGUAACUUUUUUUUUUCUUGGCAGUGCCGGAUAGUUCUGUGAUUCCAAAAUGAAAUGGUAAGGGUUCCCGCAUUUUGAUUAAAAAGGUCAAGACUAAUUUAGCAGCAUGUCAGUUCAUCAGCAUAAUUUGUUUAAAUGUGAGUGCACAAUUACUUUCAAUGAUACAAAUGACUUGGUAUUGUUAAUUUAGAUUAAACACUCACAACUACUAAAAAUACUAGAAUUUUUUUUAAUUUGAAUAGCACUUGUAGAACUUUUGUAAAAGUUUUUUUUAGUUGAACUUUUGUUCAGCUGUAGUGAAGCAGAUGGAAGGUAAUUUUUCCUUCAUGUUGUUUUUAUAAUAUCUUUGGCUGGCAACAUGCCUCAUUGGCUGGCAUCAUGCCUCAUUAUCUUGUAUGAAAUACUUCACAACAUCCCUAUCCUUUUUAGCAUUAAAAUCUCUUGUCAAA